UGCUUAGCAACGCGCAAACUUUGAGAGGCAGAGACCUUGACAAACAGACGCGAGGGUGUCGUGCCUGACUUGUUCGCUUCCUUUAUCUACAUUUGUCACACCACUUACUAUGUCCAAGACACAGUCAAAGAAAAAGGAGUCCUCCUCCAGCAGAGUGUCUUUGUCCGGCAAACACGCAGCAACAGCGUCCCUUGUUGCUACUUCCUCUGAGAGUCUGGGAGGAAGAGGAGGAGGAGGAGGAGGAGGAAGUGGUGUUUGGAGGAGCAAAUUCCUCAUUUGGCCUGAGUGGAAUGAUGCAGAAGUCAACAAGGAGAAAUGGGACUCCAGUAAAGGAGCUGAAGAUGCAAAGUCAAGCAAGAGUCCCAAUUCUCCUUUUGAAGAUCCUGAGGGAAAAAUUUCUCUGCCUCCAUCUUUAAACGUCCACUCCUGGAAACGUCCUUCAGAGUUCAUUGUCGAUAAGCAACCCGUCAUCGUUGAAAAUCAAACGACAUUCAACCUUCUCUCCCCAAACCAUCAUCUCAUUUGCAGUGAGCUGAUGAGGUGGAUCAUCAGUGAAAUCUGUAUUGUGUGGACGUUGCAUAGCAGUACAUCGACAGAACAAGACGGUUUGAAACCUUGGGAGCACAUCUACGCGCUGUGUAAGGUGGCGAAAGGUCACGUACCACUCUACAACAACUAUGGGAAAUACUUAGUCAAGCUCUACUGGAUGGGUUGUUGGAGGAAGAUAAUGGUCGAUGACUACAUGCCAUUUGAUGAAGAAAAUAACCUCCUCCUCCCUGCCUCCACCUGUCAGACAGAGCUGUGGCCGAUGUUAUUGGCUAAGGCUCUCAUUAAAGUGGCCAACACAAAUGCAGUGUCAGACAGCUGUGGAGAGAUGGGUGACUUCACUUUUAUCCACACCCUCACCGGCUGGAUCCCAGAAAUCAGGCCUGUAAAGGCUGCAGAUCUAGGAAAAAUCUGGGACUUCUUACAAGACACCGUUCCCAUAUUUACACACCUGGAUACGAGUUUGCCUGAGACAAUGCCGCAGACUGAAGAUCCAGCCCCAGGGAGAGAUUCCAGCAAGAGCCAGUAUGAGCAAGAGAAAAGUACCAUGGAGGUUGUGGUGUGUGCCAGCUACUACCCUUUUCAGCCACAGGACAGUUCCUUUGGGUUUGGCUAUAUGGCCAAUUCCUCAGAGGUUCUGCGACAGUAUGGUCUCUCAUUGCUCUACAGCCACAUUGCCUUGUUGACCAGAACCCGAUCAUGUCAGUUGGAGGCACCACCCCAACCUCCGCCUGUGCCCCAAUGGAAACUCAUUCGCCAGCGCAAGGAGACUGUGAUCACUGAUGAACCACGGAAGCUUCCUUUGUCAAAACCAGAGCAGUUCAUUGAGGUUGCCAGCCCUUUUCUCUCCUACUGCAUCAGGAGCAGCGUUGGCUUGAUCCCAGAGCUCGAGGCCAAGCAGAGUGCUCAGAAGCGUUCCAACGGAUCCCCUCUGGUGUCCAUCACUGAGAAAGAGGAGACUGAUUGCCGAGAAGGCCAGGAGCCUGCUGCAGCUGAACCCCUCAACGAGACUACAAACGGGACUGAUGAAAUAAAGGUUACUGCAGAGGACAGGAAGAAGGACGAUGAUGACAUCUCCAGUGAUGGGCAGAAAUCUGCAACAGUGGAGCCUGUCACUGAGGAAACGUCAGUUCCUGUUGAACCUUUAUUACAGAAGACCUGGGUAGAGCUGGACGACUUUGCUAAAUGCUUUCAGACUCUGGUGGUGUUCCAUAAACCACAAAUCUACCCACAUCACAGCCAUAAAUCUCAUUUGAAGAGCACCAUGUCCAAAACUGCAGCAAGUAGCAGCAGCACAGGAUCCUCUACCCACUCUCUUAGCGUUGGAUCGCUCCACGUGAUAUCUGCUGUCGCAAACCCUGAAUGUCCAGAGGUGAGAGGCACUUAUUACCUGUGUUUGGACAGCAUGCAGCCUUCCCAGAUCCUCAUAAGCUUCUCAGUUCUGCUUGUCUGGGGAGAUGCGGCCGAAGAGAAAAAGGAAAUAUCAGCAGCGUGUAGGGCUGCAGUUCUCACAGCACAGCCACACUCCUGGAAGAGUGUGCAUUCUCAGCUACCUGUUCUCAUCAUCAAGACCACGUCCUCCAAGGCAGCCAUGCUUAGUUUACCUCCAGGGCGCCACGUGUUGUCCUUCCACACAAAGGCAGUGCUGGGCUACCAUGUCCACCUGUGCAGCAAGACACCUUUUGUUUUUGGGGAUGAAGAAACUGUUAUGUCACAGCUUACCAAGGAGAGUGCUCGUUUUACUGAGCAGGCUUUAUCCAUUUUGCAAGCCCUAACCAGAGUGGUGACUUCCUUUAGCGAUGAGCACGGUCAGCCAUUGGCCAGAAGAGCCCUAAAAGAAGCUCAUUGUGCCCAAAACAUCAACACUGCCCUAGGGAAAUGGCAACACCAAAAGGUAUUUAACUCUGCAGUUUAUCACAUGCUGUGUGAGUCUCUGGGCAGGAAACUUACAGCAGAGGAGCGAUUUGCUCUACUGGCCCUCACUGCUGACCCUUCUCUCUUGAACAGUGGCUUCAAGAAAGGUUCUCCUGCAUAUGCAGUGCCAAAGCUUCCUGAAAACUGGAGAGACAGGCAGCCUUCAGAUGUGGAGGUCAAGGCAGUCACCAUCCUCCAAGCUGGAUUUAGAAGGCACUUGGUGCGAGAAAUCCUGACAGCUUCAAAACCAGGCACGAAGGAGAACCUCAGGACUUCUAAGGUCCUUUUCGACAUGUGGUCAAAGGUUGAAACGGAUGCUGACAAACACGCCAUCUUUUUGCUAAGGUAUGUUAUUGAAAACCACUUGGAGAAGGAAGCAAAUCUCUAUCCCUGUCAGCAGGAUGAAUGGACCAAGAUCACCUUCGCCGAUUACUCCGUCUCUCUUCAAGACACAGCCAACUCCUGGGUCUUGGUGUUUAGAGAGGUAUUCCUGGUUCCCGAGGAGAUGCUAGUGGUACCAAAGGUCUACUCCCCAAUCCCCAAUUGUCUGCUGCAUGUAAUAAAUAAUGACACAGGGGAGGAGCUGGACAUGGUCUUCAACAAACUAGUACCCAAUGUCUAUCAACCCAACAAGCUUGGUUAUACCUUCAUAGCAGAGGCUAUCAUCCCUGAGUCACUGCCUGUUGGUGCCAAGUGGAGGAUGCGCUUGAUCAGCUCAAGAGAACCUCUUCCAAAAUUGUCCCGUGACGUUCCACUCAACAAAUUCUCUGUCAAGGAAUUCCAGGAUUAUUACAUUCCCAAUGAGAAAUACGUCAUAUGUCGUUACUUUGUCCAGGUAACAACAGACGUCCAAGGAACAAUUCAGUUUCAGACUUCGACGUCAGAUGUACUGAUAAGUCUGUCAAUACUUGACCAGGAAAAGAAGGUGGUCAGCAACACUGGGAAAGGCCAUGUCGUGAUUCCUGUGUUCUGUUUUCUGGCCAAUAAAGCAUUUAGUUACACAGAUGAGAUGAGCCAGAAGCAGAAUGGAUACACAAACCAGAGCAAUGGAGUAAAGGUGGGAGGCACUUCCCUACAAAAUUCUGGGAAAUCAGACUCCUUGUCUGACCAGCAGCAGCAGUCUCCUCCCACAAAGUCUAUGGACCAUAAGUACGUGGUGCAGGCAGAGGUGCUGUAUAAGAGCUGGAAGUUGAAUGGAUCUCAGCUGGAUUUUGUCCACACACUCCGAGACAUGGAGAAAAAUGAAAUGAGAGUGCACAAGUUGGAGGAUUCGAAGCCAUCAUCCACUGCUGGUCCACCCAAAAGCAACCGCAAAGGUGAAGGUGACAAGGACAAGGAGAAGGAGAAACCAGCUGCAGUGUCCAAAUCUGGCUCCAGACAGGAAAAGAGCCUUGACCUGACUAAGCCACACUGGACGCUGCGUGUGGUCAGUGACAAGAGUAAAGCGGAGAGCAUCGAGGUGAAGAAGGACAGGGAGAGAGUGGAGGAGAUUAUAUCCAUUAAAAAUGCUUGGGAAAUCGCUGAGCCAGGUCGCAGUGCCAAGGCUCUACAGUCUCGUCUUCAGUUUCUUAACCAAAUCCAACAACAAGGAAGUGCAGAAACCAGCGAACAAGCUGCGUCCACAUCUGGUCCUGACACGUCUACAUCCAAUCAGAAACUGACUGAUCACGCCCCCAUCUUUCUAAACAUGGACUUCACACACUUGAUCAGACGCCAAAAGGAUGUGCCAGUGGUGAUGGACUCACAGCUGGAGGAGAUCCGGCAAAGGGAGCGCUUAGAAAAGAUCCAGAGCUACCGUUUGGUCGGAGACAUUAUACUGGAACAGCAGAAACAGCAGGAGCUCAACAGGAAGGAGCUCAUGAGACAGCAGCUGGAGACAUGGGAGGACAUACAGGCAGCCCAACGGCAGCGCUAUGAGACUCUGCUCGGCGCUUAUGAGGCAUUUUGCAGCCGCGAGAUGGAAGCCGAGAAAAAAGAACAAGAGGAGGAACAAGCUCCGGGGGAGGCCCCGCAUGCGGUGAGAAAAAUCACCCCCACCUCUGCUGCCAGCCAGCAGAACAACAAAUGUGCCAAGAGAGCUGGCAAGAAGCAAUGAUGGUCAUUGGCACCAACUUUUCUGUCUCAGUUUUCCUCUCAACAAGUCUGCUUGAACACUGAAGAAUCUUCCUUUAAACACAACAACAUGGCUUGUAGUGGAUGCAACAUUUGACCAAAAAGAUUAUUUAUGCACUUAAUACAAACUCAUAUAACCUCUUUCACAUUUAUCUACACAUAAUGUCACCUACAUAACACCUAUUAUAUAAAACCAAUUAUGUAAUUCCUUGCAAAACUUUUCAAAUUGAAUAUAUUCUAAAUAUCUAUUUGAACGUCUUUGCGCCUAGAGUGUCAAGCUAUCUUUCUUGCAGUGUACAUAGCUUUGGCUUUGAUGUCCACUGCACCUGAAUACAUUGUGCAAGUCUUUUGUUUUCUUGAAGGUCACUGUAUUGACUGUGUGACCAAAGGCAUGCUGGAUGCAGCCAGCCUCCCACAAGCUGAGUGCUUCUGAUUGAUUGGUUGAUUGAUAGGAGCCCACAAGAGUCCAUUUGUUCCAGAUCCAAGAAGACAAGGUGAUGUUUUUGAAAAAUGCAACACAAGUAGGCGGCAUAUUUCAAGGCUGUAAUGAAUGCACCUCGGAGCAAAUAGUUAGGCUUCUAAUAGAUGAGUUUUGUCCCUGAUUAAUUUGGUUUGGUAAAAAUGAAAUCACAUCUUAGUAUUUGAUGUGCAAGUAUUUGGUCUGUGAAUCAGCUGAGGAAUGGGAAGCUAAAUUGGAAAUGAAAGGGAAGAUGGUGCCAUCUAGUGGCUGUGGCGGUUAAUAAAUCCCCAUUACCAAGCCUGCACUAGGUUGUUUUCAAGGUUGACAAUAAUGAAUAGUUCAAUUUUGUGCUGCUGCAUGGAGAAAAUUAUCAUCAUGCUGUGCCUGUGUGUGUUUGCACGUUGUAUUGUAUGGAUUUAUCUGUGUGUGUGUGUGUGUGUGUGUGUGUGUGUGUUUAUACAAGAUAGCAGGAUGAAAACGAUUAUUUGUGCCUUCUUUUAUGUAUGAGCAUGUGCAAAGUCAUCCUGCAGUAGUUUGCUCCAGCUUUAAAGGUCCUCUCCCCCUCAUGCUGACAAUUCCCUUAUUAAAAAUUCUUCUAUGUAGUAAAAGACAUCGGAGUCAAAUUAGGAACAAUCAUGAUUUGAACAAGAUCUUCGUUUUGUAGACACAGGUAAGUUAUCACACACUGCAUGUGUGCACUGCUUUGUGUUUUGUGUUAUGUGAACCGCAUGCAGUGAGUCUGCUCAGUAUGUCAGGCUUCAUCUAGCCCAGCCACUAUUUCUGCCCUUGUAGCAGCAAGACAGAGGUAAUCCUGAAAGCCUUGUUCCUGGCACAAAACAUUCCCUCCUGUCUCUGCACUGCUCCCUCUUGCCUAAUUCAAUCCUUGCUCCUUAAAACAAAAGCUAUUAUUUGUUGUUUUCUCUACGCCUAAAACCUCCAUCCUCUUCCUCCACUUCUUCUUCCCUCCACUGAGGUAUAGCGGAAUGUAUGUGAUUUCAUUCUGUUGUUAUAAAAAAUCACCCAAAAUUCUAAUUGGCAGUGUCGUGUGUGCACAGUGUAUUCACAGAGAGGCUGUUUAAUUGGCAGCUGUUUGCUGGUGCAUUUGAUGCAAAUGUCUUGUGAGAGAAAGAAGAACUCCAGUGUAACCUUGAAGGCAAGCGACCAGUCACUGUGUGUGUGUGUGUGUGUGUGUGUGUGUAUGCUCAUUAAACAUCCCAUAGUGAUGAGGAAAAUAUUUGAUCUUAAAUGGACCCACGUGGAGGGAUGAUGAAACCAAAUGACACUCAACACGCAGUCCCCACAUGGUGUUUUUUUUAAUUCACUUUUCAAUGUGGAGGUUAAUCAUUUAAGACUCCCUCAAUCGAUCGUUUACUGUUUUUAUUUUGUGAAUGAUGGAGAGGCAUGAUAACUUACACGACCCCUAUUUCAUGGUAACGUCUCAGUCUAUUAUAUAACACCUGUUACACUGCAUCACUGUCUUUUCUGAUCUUGGUCACCGUCGUUGUCCUUAGUUCAUAUUGUCUUCUAUGUUAAGUUACUGGUAUUAAGUGUCAUGAUCGGUCGAAGUGCAGCAAUUUAACAGGAUUAGGGCCAAAUGAGCUGUGGAAUAGUAAUUCAUUUAUUUUACUUUUAAUGACAAUAAAAGAGUUCAAUUGUA